AACAGCAGAGAAGAGCAAGACGCAGAAGAAGAAGAGUAAACAUGGCGUCGCCCUGUAACAGCGGGGAACGUUAGGUCAGCUCUAUAAUAACCACGGUAAUCCUGUUCAUGUUCACACCGAUCAGACUGCGGUUUUUCCGGUAACAUGUUUCCAGAAACAGCUCAGUGUCUGAAAGCGGCCGCUCCGUUAUUCUCUCACAAAGUCGUUUUAAAGGCUCUGAAACGUCUGUCGGCUCAUGGAGGAGUCAGAAACUCGCAGGCCCACAGGCACUUCGGUGUUAGCUGCUGCUUGACAGCCAAGAGCUGUCCUCCGCCAAAACCCAGGGAGAAGGUGGAGAUCCCCGGACUGGAGAUGGUCACAUACGCGCAGAGGAUGCACUACGUACCGGGGCUGGCUAAGCCCGUUCUCCCGCCGUGGGAGAAGGAUCACAAGGACCCAAGAUACUACAAGUCUCCUCCAACUCACGAGAUGCCUCUGUACAAGGAGAAACCGUGCUUUAUGUUCAAUCAGAGGACCAAUGUACUGGAAGGUGUGCGUCAGGCCGCUUGGCUGACCAAAGCCAAGAUGACGCCAGGUUUUCCUCCUCACCUCCUCUCAAUGGCAGAGACCCCUGAAAACCAGCUGCCAAAUCAGGAUGAGCGCGUGCAGAACGCCAUCAAACAUGCCCGGUUCUGGGACACCACAGAGAACCGACCAGCGAAAGAAAAAUACAGCAACACUUUGCUGCUCAACCUGCUCCACCUGUGUGCAUCUCUACGCUCCAGCUAUCCUGCCAUCGGACGAAGGAUCCUUGCAGAGAACUACUCACUGGCAGCCACUUGGGAAAGAGGUGAGGAUCUGUUUCAGGUCCGGGGUCUGAACGGUUUGCUGCACAGCAGCAUGGAUCCACUCCCAAGCGUGUUUGGGAAAAAAGAAGUUUCAGAAACAUCAAAUCACGCCCUGGACACCUUCUAUCCCAUCUCUCCCACCAUCGACCUUCAGAAAGUCAACGUGUACAAAGAGGAGAUGAACUGCACAGGUUUCAGGGACGACUACCCUUACCCUCAUGCCCAUACACUGUACUUCUUGGAGUCAGCUGAUCCUCGCUGUAAGCUCCGCCCAGAGCAGUUCAGAGCCAAGAUGGUCAUGUUCACCUUUGGGAACGCUCUGGCCCGUGCACACAAACUGUACGGGACUCAGCCGCGUGUUUUAGACCAUCCUAUAACCGUUCAGGCAGUGGGGACCAACGGGAGAAUUUUCCAGUUUCUGGUUUUCCAGCUCAACACUACGGAUCUCUCAGGAGACGAUGGCAUCAAGAACCAGAUGUGGCUGGACGAAGAUGUUGAGCUGUAUGAAUUUGCAAAAGUCCGACCGUUCAUCAAGAAGAAGCAAGUAAAGGUACCAGCCGGUCUGGCAGGAUACAAGCCGAAAACUUUCUCCAAGUUUCUGGCCCUGUACCUACACGGAGCUGUGUAGGACUACUGGUUUCCUCAUGGAUCCGGAUACGUGUUUAAGGCCCUUGUCAGCUGUGAUUGAAACUCUUCUCAGACAGCAGCAACGUGAUGGCUUUAUGGACAGUUUGAGCUGACUGAAACCAUGACUUUUCCCUUCGCUGCCUCCAUCUGUGAAAGAGAUCAUCCAAUAAAAUCAGUCUGAACAUGG